AUGUACGGCGGCGAGACGGUAGAGACGGACGCGGCGGACGCCGACGCGGCGGCGGCGGCGGCGGCUGAGGAAGCGGACGGGCCCCGCGCGCUGCUUCUCCAAUGCCGUUAUGUGGCCACUGCCUCGCGACCGCCUCGCGCCGGCGUGAGUGGCGCUGAGCCCAGCCGAGCCGCGACGCGCCAGUGCCAGCGCCAGCGCCAGCGCUUCCGCCUUGGCCGUCGAGUCGGUCGCCCAACAUGUGUUGUGAGCCGCUGGCCGCCUGCGCGCGCCCCCGCCGCCGCCAGCCCCGCUGACGCCCUGGGCGCGCCCACCCUCGCCGCCACCAGCGCCCCGGCCACCCAGCGCCCCAGCCACGCAAGAAGGAGCCGGCCGAGGGAGCCCCGUGACGUCAUGAAGCCGAGAAGAGCGCGGGCGGCCGCCCCCGCGACUGCGCCGGCGUCGGCGCCGCCCCCGCUGCCGCGCCUGCUGCUCUCCGCGCUGCUGCUCACGGAUGAGUUGAAAGCAGCCCUUAACACAACAAAAAAUAAAGUCACCUAUACUGAAAUUAUUAACAUGGAAUUGAUAAUAUCAUCAAAUCAAUGUAUGCCAGAACUUCUUCAAAUUUAUUAA